GUCACUUCCUGAAGAACUUUUGUCUAACAUCGAAACAGAAGAAGAGCUGCAAAAGUUGUGCGAUCAGAAGAAUUCAGACGAAAGUGAAGAUAAACAUGAUGAAGAUCAACGAGAGAAAAAAUUUUGUACAAUAUGCGAAAAAGAAAUUUCAGAUACUUAUCAAUGUUCAGUUUGUUACCUACCUAUUCAUAUCAUUUGCGGAAAAACUAACGAAACAAAUGGAGAGAGUGAGCAGAAAAUUACAUGUGACCGAUGUCUACGAACUGAAAAAAUAACUAUUGUCCGGGACGAGGCUAAAGAAGGACUGGAGAAACAAGCCGAGAAAAUGAUUGCCCUUUCGAAUUCAAAGUUACCACCUAUAGAUGUAGGAAGAACUGUUAUUGUACGAGUACCUGAUGUUGACAGAGGUAGACUUGCCCCGAGAAAUGUGUUAGCUGUUGUAAACUCAGUAUUAACGACUCUGGACUUUAUCAGCUUGGAACGAAAGAUGGAACUUUGCAGUCGCUGUACUGUCGUAAUGAGAUUUACUUUGGCCGAACUUUAUCGACAUUUCUUCAGUUCCAUCAACGUCUGUUUCUCUCCGUACAGCUUCUGGUUUAGCAUCUGGAUCAAAACAGGGCUUUGUACAAUGUAAUUGCAAGCGCUAUUGCGUCGAC